UUUGCUAUUAUUUUGAAGGGAUAUUGAACUUUUGGCCGCAAAUCCAUUUUCGCUCUACCCGAACGGCCAAAUCCAACAGGAAAGAAAAGUCAACUGGCCUAAUAGAUCCGUGUCAGUGUUAUGAAGUCGUAGCUUACUAUUGUCAAAUGUGGUUGCUUACCUACAUUUGUAGAUUAUAAAAAAUAAUCAAGGGUAUGUAAAUGUUCAUAAAUGAUUCAGAAUAGGACAUUUAUCAACACUUCUAGAAGUACCACACUCCCAUCUACAGAUGGCCCAUCGGCCGAUCUGACAGUGCGCAGAAUAAUCAAAUUUCAACGAGGAAGAUGACCCGGAAGCUUGCCAGUAUCAAACUUCUGGUGAUAGUCAACCAGCAACUGUGAGAAAAAUGGACAAGGUGACUAACUGUUUCAGUAAAAAACCAGAAGCAGUGGCCAGGUUGAUCUGUUUCCCGUGGGCGGGAGGCGGCUCCAUCCAUUAUGCACGCUGGGGGCUCAAACUGAACAGCUCCAUUGAAGUGUUUUCAGUGACACUUCCUGGUAGGGAGGACCGAAACAAUGAGGCGUUCUUUCAGAACAUGCAGCAGAUUGUGGAUGAAGUCAUCACCGUGUUGCUUCCUGUGCUGAGGGAGAAGCCAUUUGCCCUAUUUGGCCACAGUUUUGGUGCCACGGUCAGUUUUGCUGUAGCAGAGACCCUAAAGAGAGUUCACAAUCUGGAACCAGUUCACAUCUUCCUGUCUGGUGCCUCUGCCCCAUAUUCCGAGGCUCGUAUCAACGCCCCAAAGAGAAGUGAUCUUUCAGACGGGGACUUCAUCCACUGGAUGAUGAUUGUGGGCGGGACUCCUCCUGAGCUGCUGGCUAACACUGAGAUGCUCAAACACUUCCUGCUUCCUCUGAAGGCCGACCUGCGCCUGCUGGACACCUACAGGUGCGACAGGCCUGCCAGCCCUCUCCUCUCUUGUCCAAUCACAUGCUUCGAUGGGAAGCAGGAUACUCCCCAUGACUUACAAGCUUGGAAAGAAAUAUCAUCUGGAGAUUUUAUGGUGAAAAUGUUUGAGGGAGGUCAUUUUUACCUGAAACUCCCAGAAAAUGAGAAAGUUAUUUUGGACCUCAUCACACAGCACCUGGAGACCUCAGAAAUGGACUACUUGUAAUUCUAAAUUUUUAAAGUCAUUUAUAAAAGUUUAAACUCAGUGUGUACAGUACUGCAACCAGUUUUGUGCUCGUAUAACAUCAUUAUUGUUCUGCAUCAGGCCCAAAUGUUCUUUCACAAACACAACUAUCAUUCCUUUUCCAUGUCUGAGGGAAGUGAACUGGGAUAUAUCCCAGAUGUAUUUAGUAUUCAGCAAGUGCUAUAAGUUUCUGUUUCACAGUACUGUUCUGUAAUACAGUACUGUACUUACUUAUAUAAAGUAGGAAUAAUGGGUAUUGUUGGAAAUGUUAAUGUAAAUUUUUUUUUUAAUUGAUAGAAUUUUUAUUGGUGAAUAAAUAAAGAAAUGCUCUAUCAUAAAAUAUA